UUCGUUUCCGGCGAGGUGCGUAAUUUGUUCUCCGCGUUUUUGCAAACUUGAACCGAUUUUCGUUACGACCGAUCCCAGCCGGCCAUGUGCGAUUAGAAACUCGCACUCCCACCGAGAAAAUAAUCAUAAAUCAGCUUACUUGUCACCCGCAGACCAUUUACAAUAUGGAUAAUUCAGGCAAUAACCGCUACGAGCUGUUGUUCAUGGACGACGAUGCCCCGCCACAGAUUCCUGUCGCAGUGGUAGCCGCUGCGCCGGCCAAGAAGCCGGAGGCGUCGGUUCCCAAGGCGCCGAAGAGCAAGCAGGAGAAGGAAAACAAACCGGUGGGUGCUGCUGCGGCCAAGAAGGCUAAUAACGCGGUUACUAAGAGUGCCGGCGGUACCAGUCCAGUAAAGGGAGGAAAGGCGGGUCCGCCUCCUCGUAACUCUAAUGCUCCUGCCGGAAACGGCGAAAGGAGCUUCAACGCCAGAAACAACAACAACAACAAUCAGCGAAGCUUCGGCGGCCACCGGGAUGCCGGGGAGUUCGGCAACGAGCUGCCGCAGCGCCAGUUCAACAAUCGUGAUAACAGGGGACCACCACGCUUCCGCGCCGGCGAGAAAUUCGGCAAGCGCGAGUUCGAUCGCCAGUCUGGAUCCGAUAAAACCGGCGUCAAGGCCAUCGACAAGCGUGAUGGCGGCGGUGCCCACAACUGGGGAUCCCCGAAGCAGGACAUUGAGGAUCAGAAAACCGGGGAAUCGACACCGCAGGCGGACAAAGAGGACUCGGCAAACGAACAGUCGGCUGAUCCCGCUGCCGUUGUGGAGGAGGAUGAGUCCAAGCAGAUGACCCUUGACGAAUGGAAAGCCCUGCGUGACCAGCGCGCCAAGCCCAACUACAACUUGCGCAAGGCUGGCGAGGGCGUUGAGAACCCGGAAUGGAAAAAGAUGGUCGUCUUGAGCAAGAAGAAGGAGAGCAACAGCGAGGAUGAGUUGGAGUACGAUCCGUCGCUGUAUCCGCAGCGUGUGGGUCGCCUCCAGCGAAUCGUCGACAUCCAGUUUAACUUCAAUGAUGGACGCAAGGCCGGUGGCUUCCGCAAGGGACCCCGCCCGGGUGGUCCUCGCGAAGGUGGUUACCGCAACGAGGGACCUCGCGAAGGUGGUUACCGCAACGAGGGACCUCGCGAAGGUGGUUACCGCAACGAGGGACCUCGCGAAGGAGGUUAUCGCAACGACGGACCACGUGAGGGAGGUUAUCGUAACGAGGGACCCCGCGAAGGAGGUUAUCGCAACGAUGGUCCUCGGGGUAAUGGACCGCGCUACAACUCGGGGGCCAGCAACGGCUAUGACAGGCAGGACAACAACAACAGAGUCGGGGAGAAGCGCCGCUCGGGCCAGAAGCCCCUGAAGGUGGACGAUGAAGCUCAGUUCCCCACUCUAUGCUAGGAACGGCAACGGAGACGGAGAAGAGUAAGGUUUAACAUUUUCACGUAUUACAUAAUUAGUAAGCAGCUCCGGUUAACGAAUAACCUUUAGAUUUUCGGGCGUAAUCUAUGAAGCUUGACGACCGAUGAACGAAAUAAACAAAACAAACAAAUCA